AUGAAGACCGUGCUUUUAACAAUGGUUGUGUUGGGAUGCUGUGCAACACUCAACAGUGCUGGCAUGUAUCACUACCAUAAACAACCUGGACCACCGCCAUCCCAACCACAAUACCUGCCAAAUUAUGACGUCCCACCGCCACAAGAGUACGGAGCGGUCAAGCAUCAUUCCUGGGAAAAUAUGCCGUGGACUCCGAUCACAAAUUUCCCAUGGCCCGGACCGGAGUAUGUGCACGAGGUGCACUACGCACCACACUAUCAUGGCGGAGCAACAACGCCAUGCCCGAACAAGAAGCAUUACGUGACGAAGGUUACGACAACUACAACACACAAGCCAACAACAACGACCACCACUACCCACCGUCCCGUGGAAACGAAGAAGCCACAUCUGCUCGAGAAGCUGGGCAACACUCAUAAGCACUGA